AUGAUCCACUGUGAACUCAUCAUAGUAUCAUUGGAAGAUGUAGCAGGAGAUUUCGCUGCUUUAUCGUACGUAUGGGGCUCGCCAUCCAAUAGAGAGAGGAUCACAGUCAACGGUACCGAUGUCCCGGCCACGAUGAACCUAGAAGCCGCACUGAGGAGGGUACGGAACACAGAAAAGGUCGAGCUGCUAUGGGUGGACGCCAUAUGUAUAAAUCAAACGGAUAUCGUGGAGAAAAACAUACAAGUAAUGCGAAUGAAAGAGAUAUAUACGAAGUCCGCCCGAGUACUAGUAUGGAUUGGCGAU